GCCGGCGCCGGUCGCCGCCCGGAGGGAGCACACGCCCGCUGCGGGCCAUGAGCCGCGGGGCCCCGGGAGCCCGACCGCCGUCCGGGCAGCGCUCCGCCGGCGCCCCGGCCCGCCCGGCCGCAGCUGCGCGCCUGUAGGGUACCUAUCAUGAGCCAAGCACUGGGGACACAGCGGCUUAUAAGACUUAGAAUACCUGCCUCGUGGAGCUGGCAUGCACCAAGCGAGUGAAUAAGUGCUGCAGACAGACGGCUGCGAUGGGACGGAAGCCAUGAAUGGUGCCGCCGCCGGCCCCGGCCCCGCCGCCCCGGACCCCGCCGCCCCGGACUGGCGGCAGUUCUGCGAGCUGCACGCGCAGGCGGCCGCCGCGGACUUCGCGCACAAGUUCUGCCGCUUCCUGCGGGACCACCCGGCCUACGACACGCCGGACGCCGGGGCCUCCUUCUCCCGCCACUUCGCCGCCCACUUCCUGGACGCCUUCGGCGAGGCGGUGCGCCGCGUGCUGGGCGCCGCGCCCCUGGGGGCCAUGGAGGCCCCGCCGGCCGCGCUCCCGGCGGCGGCGUGCGGCCACUCGCGGAGCAACGAGGACGUGUCCGCGGAGGCGGCGGCGGCCCGGGCCCGCGGCGCCCGCAAGGGCUUCUCGCUGCGCAACGUGAGCCUGUGCGUGGCGGACGGCGUGCGCGACCUGUGGCACCGGCGCGCCCCCGAGCCCGACGCCGCCCCGCGCGCCCCCGAGCCCCGCGCCGAGGCGGCGCGCGACCGGUGGACGCGGCGCUGGCGGCUGUCGCGGACGCUGGCGGCCAAGGUGGAGCUGGUGGACAUCCAGCGCGAGGGCGCGCUGCGCUUCAUGGUGGCGGACGACGCGGCCGCGGGCCCGGGCGCCGCCCAGUGGCAGAAGUGCCGCCUGCUCCUGCGCCGGGCCGUGGCCGGCGAGCGCUUCCGCCUCGAGUUCUUCGUGCCGCCCAAGGCCUCCAGGCCCAAGGUCAGCAUCCCUCUCUCCGCCAUUAUCGAGGUCCGUACCACCAUGCCCCUGGAGAUGCCCGAGAAGGACAACACGUUUGUGCUCAAGGUGGAGAACGGAGCAGAGUACAUCCUGGAGACCAUCGACUCCCUGCAGAAGCACUCGUGGGUGGCUGACAUCCAGGGCUGCGUGGACCCUGGGGACAGCGAGGAAGACGCAGAGCUGUCCUGCGCCCGGGGAGGCUGUCUGGCCAGCCGCGUGGCCUCCUGCAGCUGUGAGCUCCUCGCGGAGGCAGUGGACCUGCCCCGGCUCCCAGAGACAGCCGCAGCCGUGGUGAGCGCCCCACACGGCCGAGCUCGAGAUGCCGUCAGCGAGUCCCUGGUCCACGUCCCACUGGAGACCUUCCUGGAGACUCUGGAGGCCCCGGGCGGCAGCGGGGGUGACAGCAAUCUCACAGGGGAAGAGGGAGCAGAGCCAGAGCCCGAGGUGGCCCCUGAGCUGGAGCUCUCUGACUGCCCCUGGUUCCACGGGACCCUGUCCAGGGUCAGGGCAGCCCAGCUGGUGCUGGCAGGCGGGGCCCGGAGCCACGGCCUCUUCGUGAUCCGCCAGAGUGAGACUCGGCCUGGGGAAUACGUGCUGACUUUCAACUUCCAAGGCAAGGCCAAGCACCUGCGCUUGUCCCUGAACGGCCACGGGCAGUGCCACGUCCAGCACCUGUGGUUCCAGUCGGUGCUUGACAUGCUGCGUCACUUCCACACCCACCCUAUCCCGCUGGAGUCCGGGGGCUCCGCGGACAUCACCCUCCGCAGCUACGUGCGGGUCCAAGGCCCCCCGCCCGAGCCGGGGCCCUCGCCCAGCGCCGCGCCCGCGCCCCCCGCCUGCUGGAGCGAGCCGGCCGGCCAGCACUACUUCUCCAGCCUCGCCGCCGCCUGCCCGCCCGCCUCCCCCUCCGAGGCCGGCGGCGCCUCGUCCUCCUCCGCCUCCUCAUCCUCAGCUGCCUCCCUGCCCGCGGCCCCGCGCGCCGCCGCCGCCGAGGGCCUGCUGAGCGCCCGCAGCCGCAGCAACAGCGCCGAGCGGCUGCUGGAGGCGGGCGGCGCGGAGGAGCCCCCGGAGGCCGCGCCCGUGCCCGGCGAGGGUGCCCGCGGCAGGCCGCGCGCCGUGGAGAACCAGUACUCCUUCUACUAGCCCCGCGCCGGGCCCUGGGCCGCCCGACCGCCUGGCAACCGCCCCCAUGUCCAUCCGUCCAGCGGACCCUGCUCUCCUGCAGGCGUCAGCCAGCCCAGCGCUGGGUGGGAAAAGCGAAGCUCUUCAAUGAAGACAUAAAUGUGAUUAAAGAGCCUGUUUUAGGGACUGCA